AUGCGUGCACCCGAGUCGGUCUAUGCCCAACCUCUGGAUAAGAAUGUCGAUAUGUGGAGCGUUGGCUGUUUAAUAUUCGAAAUUAUCACAGGAAGGACAUUCAUGGAUUCUUUCUUAGCAGACCGGAUGGACAUGAUCGUUGGCUUGAAACAAGUCCUUGGACAACCGCCAUCAAAGUUGCAUGACAGCUUGGAAAGCGAUGUUCGGAAUAUGCUUGAUAGCACCCCCGCCCGAGAUAUGGGAUUCUACCAAUAUCUUGAACUCAACUACAACCAGGAUGACGCUAAGCUUUUAGCUCUUGACGGCUAUGAAGACGAAGAAGAAAUUCCUAUCGAAGAAUCCGAGAAGCUGCCACCAGAGUUUACUGAGACAGACCUGAUGUCUUUGACAGAGAUUUUACUGGGACUGCUCAGUUACGAACCCCAAGAGAGAGGUACACUUGCCUCUCUACUUAGAGCUCUUUCUCGCCUGGAUAAGUGA